AUGUUUUGUCCUGGUUUUGUGCAUGUAAACGUGUUGCAUCUAUCAUAUCCACGAAGACCCGGUAGAACUCGUUUUCUGAAUAAGUGUUCAGUUUCAACAAGUUUUUCUGUACAAGCUUCCUUGCCGGAGAAUAAUGAUAGAUUUAAAGUGGAAUACACUCCUUGGAUGAUUGUUGGAUUGGGUAACCCUGGAAAUAAGUACCAUGGAACUAGGCACAAUGUUGGUUUUGAAAUGAUAGAUAGUAUUUCCAAAAUGCAGGGCAUUGUGAUGAAUACAAUUCAGUCAAAGGCACUGGUUGGAAUAGGUUCCAUUGGAGAGGUACCAAUUUUGGUGGUGAAGCCUCAAGCUUACAUGAAUUAUAGUGGGGAAGCGGUUGGACCACUUGCAGCAUAUUAUCAAGUACCUCUACAUCAUAUAUUAUUGGUUUAUGAUGAGAUGAUCCUACCAAAUGGUGUUUCAAGAUUGCAGCCAAAAGGAGGACAUGAAAACUAGGGCUGAAUGGGUGGAGAAUGCAUGCAUCUGAGCGGGCAGCAAAGACUCGGAAAGAAUACACCCAAGAACAACUUGACAAAGUGCACAUUGAAGUGGCUGACUAUUUGCAGACUUUGCUAUAGAUGGAGACUAGCAAAAUGAUUUUGAGUAAGGCUAGCUAGAUGUUUUUUGAACCAUUUUGGAGUAGUUGUAUUGUUGCAGCAACUGCGAACAAAUUAAACUACACGUAGUUAUUGCAAUGGUAUGUAUUAGGCUAGCCUUGAAGUAUGUUUGGGGUCUUUUUGCCUAUUUUUUGAACUAUUAACAUCUUUGAUGUUUGAUACAAAUUAAUGCAAUGUCCCGUAUUCAAAUUAA